GCGCGGGGCCGGACCGGGCGGGUGCGCUCAGUCUGGCGGCGGCGGUGGUGCACGGACAGACAGACGUGUCGGGAGCGCAGCACCGCCCGCAGCCCAGCAAUCCGGGCCGCGCCCGCCCGCCCGCCAUGGUGUCGUGGAUCAUCUCCAGGCUGGUGGUGCUUAUAUUUGGCACCCUUUAUCCUGCAUAUUAUUCAUACAAGGCUGUGAAGUCCAAGGACAUUAAAGAAUAUGUCAAAUGGAUGAUGUACUGGAUCAUAUUUGCCCUCUUCACCACAGCAGAGACGUUCACAGACAUCUUCCUUUGCUGGUUUCCAUUCUAUUAUGAACUAAAAAUAGCGUUUGUAGCCUGGCUGCUGUCUCCCUAUACAAAAGGAUCCAGCCUCCUGUAUAGGAAGUUUGUUCAUCCCACACUGUCUUCAAAGGAAAAGGAAAUCGAUGACUGCCUGGUCCAAGCAAAAGAUCGAAGCUAUGAUGCUCUGGUGCACUUUGGGAAGCGGGGCUUGAAUGUGGCAGCCACAGCAGCUGUGAUGGCUGCCUCCAAGGUGGCUCGAAUCUUUCAUUUUGUCUCCUCCUUGGACCUCAGAGAAGGGCAGGGACAGGGCGCUUUGUCAGAGAGGCUCCGGAGCUUCAGCAUGCAGGACCUCACCACCAUCAGGGGGGAUGGUGCCCCUGCGCCCUCGGGCCCUCCCCCGCCGGGGACUGGGCGGUCCAGCGGCAAACACGGCCAGCCCAAGAUGUCCAGGAGUGCUUCUGAGAGUGCCAGCAGCUCAGUGUGUACCUGCUGUUCCACCUGCAGGACCCGGAAAGUGGUUGAGGGAGAUGUGAAUGAGGGUGGUGUGAAGUCAUGGGAGCCCCCCCAGGUCCGAAACCCACUGGCGUUUUCUGACGAGGAGGAGGAGGACCUGUUGGAGUUCAUGUACAAGUAUAAGGCACCGAGGAAGACCGAGUCGCCCCUGGAGGCACCGCCUAGAACCCUUCGAUCCCGCUUCAGGACGAAAAGUACCUCAUCCUCGGCCACUGAAACCACGUGAGAUGAGCCAACAGCCCCGGAUCCACAGAUGUCUGUCUCUCCUCUGCCUUAAAGAGCUAGUCACUAGUACCAUGGAAAUCCGCAGGCUGGGUGUGCUUUGAGUGUGCAGCCCACAGACAUGGCCUUUACUCGCUCCCCUCUUCUGCCUUUAAGACUUUUCUGUUCUUUCCUUUUUGUUCCUGCUGGGGAGAGGCUAAAGGGAAAAGGUGGUGGUGGAGGGUGACCUUUACGUUUUCUGGGGUUAGUAAUUUUCCCCAAUUGGAUUGUCAUUGUGGCCGCAGUGUUUUUAGAUCUAUAAGCACUCUUUCCAUGAUGCUGCUGAGAUGUACAUUUGUAAUUUAUUUGUUGCAUAGUUUUUAGUCCUGUAAAUGCAAACGACGUGAUCUUUUUUAAAAACCCUUUUGUUGUUCUUGGUACUAAUACAUUGAACUAUGGUGUACAUAUUUACAGCUUUUGGCUUAAUGUAAUGAACUUGCAAGGGCUGCCAGAAGUUCUGGUAAGUGAGAGAGCUGCAAAAACAAAAAUGUAGACAAAUAUUUUAAUUCUAGGCAACAUCUCCAACUUCCUUACAAAGCCGGUGCCAGUAAGGCAACCCUUCUGCAGGAAGGUGACCAUGUGCUUCUGGUGGCUGAGUGGUUAGUAGGGCAGAGCGGAGGCAGGAGUGCAGUGUUCCAGCAACAGGGAAGAAGGUUGGUGGGCGUCAGGGAAGAGGAAGGGAGAGUAUGGCUUCCUCAGAUCUGGGGCCCUGGCUGUCCUAACACGUUUGUUGUGCUGUUCCUAAUCUCACCCUUCCUGCCCUUUGGGUUCAAGAGCAGAAGCUUCCGAGCCCUUCCAGGAGCUCUGGCACUGACUGCUUCAGGCAGGCCGGCUCACCCUUACUUAGCACAGCCAUUUGGGGAAUGAAGAUCAGCUGCUGGCAGAAUUCCAAGUAUCUCAGAAGGGCUUGGCAAGAGCAUUUCUCCUUCAGGGACCAGUGCUGUGGCCGAUUUCUCCAGAAGGGGCCUACAUCUGAGCACCUUGUUUUAGAGUACAAGGCAAAAAGAAAAGUCUAAAACUAGGUUUUGUUACAGAUGUGCUCAAAACACAUGAGACACUCAAAUCUCAAAUGGCCGCCAGAAGGCAGGGUCUAGGGAGCAUUGGGGCUAAGCCACAGGCAGCUGUGGCUCUUGCUUCUUUCUGGCUUGUGUGGAAGAUGACACUUGUGGGAAGGACUGACACUCAUGCUCACUCCAUGUCUUCGUGGAUGUUUUAUACAAGCCAGGACUGCAGUGAGAGUUUUGACAAGUCUCUGACUUAGAUAACAUUGCGUUCUGAGGGAGUUUGCCCUCUCCUCUGAUGUGAGCCAAAUUGUAGGGCUAGUCUGUGUGUGUGCAGAGAUGGCAUUUUCUUUCAAUGGAAUGCAUGCAGUGGUCACAACCCAGUUACUCCUAUUUGUAUUAUAUUUGUUCACAGCUAUGCCCUGAAGGCCAGAGAAAUAGUGUCGUAUACCACAUAGAACUGUCAACUGAUUGCAAACAGGCUCAAUUACAAACUGCUCUGGUACCGAGCUAUGCAGACAUGCACUGGGAGACUGCUGCAUUAGCUGAGCCUUGGCCAUUUCACAAAGGGUUUCAGUUGGGAGUUCAUUGCUGCCAGAUACACCUAAUGGAAUUUUCCAAAGGUGAUUUUGUAUUUUAGAACUAACUCUGGGGAACUAACCCAAGAGCUGAUGACUGAGGGUAGUCUGCCUGUGUCCCAUAUCCAUCUGAACCCAUUAAGAAAAGCAUCUCCCGUCUUCAAGCUCACCCAACAGCUCCAGACAA